CAAACGCAGAAAGCAGGUGGUGAAGAGGCAUACAUGACGUAAAGCCCAGGAAGGUAUAUGAUAUUCACGUGUACCGACGAAAUGCGUUUACAUACAUGACAGUAUGUCAAAACAAGCCGCCAUCUUGUCAGUUCACCAGGCAACCAAGAAGUGCUUCGAAGUCAUAGGGCAGCAGCAGAGUGUUUGGGACUGCACCCUGGCAGACUGUUCUCCUCUCCUCGGUUCCCUGAGCAGCCUGGGAGAACAGCUUCAGUCAUGCAGCAAGGUCCACUUGAAGAACACACCUUUACAGGACUUUCCAGAGCUGGAACAGCGGUUGAGAUACAAACUCAUCCAAGCUGUGGAGACAGUGCUGGGAAAACUGGGGGAGAAAAUGAGUGUUCUGCAGACUGUUCGAGAUGCUGUCAGUAACCAAGUGGCUACAGUUUUCCAGCAGUAUGAACAACAUGCAGACACGAUCGGCCUCAGUGCUUCAAUUGAGAGGUCAUCUCUUGCCCCCUCAGUGGCAGACAUGCUGGAAUGGCUACAGGACAUUGACAGGUUUUACAGAAGCCAAUACUUAAAGAGGAAGCUUUUGCUUCAGACAGUAAAGCCUGACAACUUUUCACACAUGAAAGCACUCCCUCAGUCCUGGAACAGGGUGUCUACUCAAAAGGGACAGGAGCUGAUACAAGAUACACUGAAGAAGGUUUCAUUUUUCAUGGACUCCCACUGAACUUAAAGAAACUUCAGGUCAAAUGAAACUGAUCCAUAAAGAAGUACAUUUACACCUUCCAUUACCUGCAUUGUGUGCACUGACAGCUGACGGUGGCUGCUGAAAACAUGACUGAACUGCACUGGAAGGAGAGUAUUGGAUAACACUACAAAACUGGCAGAUACCAGAAUGCUGUUUUAAGCGUCUGUUGACUAUUGGUGUAAUAGCUGAGUUUGUCCAUAGAGGGCAGCAAUGCCCUUGCAUGCACUGUGUCUGAAUAAAUGACUAGAGCUGAAGAAGCACAGUAAGAAAACAGCCAAAGAAACGAUUGGCAAAAGGUACAUGUAAAGACAUGUUUUAAACGAUCAGUUACUGUUUUUUUAAUUGUUGCAAAAUUUGCUAAAAGGCUACAACUGCUACUUGCCUACUGUACUAGUAAUAAUACAAUAUUCAUAAUAAUAAAAUUAAUUUAAAAAAUGCAUUUGUAGAAUGACAAUCCUGUGGGGCUGCAUAAUUUUUUCUAAAAUAGGAUCUGCUUUACAUGAAGGUCUAUGUAGUAGGUAAAACACGCUGUAGGACUGGUUUAACCCAAAUCUUGCAAUACCUUCUAUUGGCCAGGUGCAAACCAGGGCUUGUGAAACUUCACGAAAGAUCUACAAGUGUCCAGUUGUUUCUUAGACACUAGAUUGGUAGACCUUAUUUAUGAGUCUGUUUGAUUGUUUCCAUACAAUGCAGCCAAAAGACAUUUGUUCAGUGUUCUCUUAUACUAUCCAGCCUGCACUUUUCAGCUAACAAGCAUUUGAGUACAGAUCCCUAAGAUCUUAAGAUGUCCCUGUUCUUUUAGUCUUGGCGGGCUUUGCACUGGAAUAAAAUUCAAACUGAUUUAUUUUUAUGGUUUUAUAUUUCUUGCAUUUGACUCUUGGCGCAGUGUUUUAUAAAAUGGAUAAUAGGGCCAUAUUAAAUGUCCUUGAUUCACAUGAGUUUGAAGAAAAAAAAAGGGUAGUUCUCCGACGUCCGUCCAUUGUUUAGAUUAGAAGGCUCUGGAAACAGCAUCCGUAUGGAGCAAGUAAAGUAGGGAGAUCAGGAACUAUCUAUCUGUUCAGCCAUAGUUGAGUGUCCUGUAAAAACAGCAUUGCCGUUUUAAUCUGCAGUCCUGUAUUCUAGUAAUGCCUUCUCACAUGACUAUUUGAAUCUGUAUUUUUAAAGCAUUCGGUGUGCAUUGAAAUCCUACAGGGGCUGGACAAAAGAAAAAAAAACAAAAACUCUGCAAUAACCAUAACAUACUUUUGUUUAAACAGACUGUCCCUGAUUUAUUAUGCAAAUAUAAUCCAUGACACAUGUUCUAUAUAAAAGAUGCAUCUGCCUG